GACGUAACGGCACAAUAAAGUAGGCUAGUCGCUAUAUAUCAGCUCGCUCACAGAAAUGUGAGAAAACUGUCUUGUCGUGGCCGGGGACGUUUAUACAUGUUUAUCCAUCACUUGGAAUACGGACACUUAUAAGUCCCUCACCACAACACAUUUUCAGAAAUGACCUGUGUUCAAAGUCAACAUGGAGUCCAGACCUAUGAGAGCUCCCUCUUCAGCUCAGAGUUUAUGAAUCCUGACUUCACCUCCAGGUUGGCCAUGGAUGUGAGUGACCAGCGGGACCAGCUCUCCACACCCUCCCUACCCAGCAUCACCUCUCUGGUCGGAGGCUACAUUGGGGAGUUUGAUACCUACUCAUGCCAGAUCGCCACGGGAGCUGCUUCUACCUGUACGGGCGGCACCUCUGGGCAGGACUUGUUCGACCUCCAGCUGUACGGCUGUUACCCAGGCACAUUCGCUUUGAGUUACCUAGACGAGACGCUGUCCUCUUCAGGUGGGUCAAACUGCUUUGGAAGUCCAGCUUCUGCACCAUCGCCCUCUACACCAGGAUUCCAGCCCAUGUCUGCCUGGGACAGCACCUUUAGUCCCUGCUCCCCUGAUGAGGGCUGCUGGGGUUCAGAGAAGCCUCUGAACCAGGCUUCAUCUUUCUUCACGUUUGGACAUGACGAGCUUUCUCCUUUGGGACAGUUGCAUCCACAAAUCCCAGAUCAGGAUCCCUUUUCUCAGUCCCAGCAACAUGGUUCUCCACUUCCCUUCAGUCCACUCAGCCUGGACCAGGGCAGUCGGGAUGGCUCAGGACUAAUGGAUGGACACCUGUCUCCUAAAACAAGGAGCCCCACAGGAAACGAAGGACGUUGUGCAGUGUGUGGAGACAACGCUUCCUGUCAGCAUUACGGGGUGCGCACCUGUGAAGGAUGCAAAGGCUUUUUCAAGCGCACAGUACAGAAAAACGCCAAGUAUGUUUGCCUCGCCAACAAAGACUGCCCAGUGGACAAAAGGCGGAGAAACAGGUGCCAGUUCUGCCGCUUCCAAAAGUGCCUAGCUGUGGGAAUGGUUAAAGAAGUUGUGAGAACAGACAGCCUGAAAGGCAGAAGAGGUCGUCUGCCGUCCAAACCAAAAGUUGUUCAGGAUACACUGUCCGUCUCUUCACCUGUAAACAUCAUCACCUCUCUCGUCACUGCCCAUAUCGACUCAAACCCUGCCAGUGGAAAUCUAGACUAUUCAAAGUAUCAGGAAUCAGUAUCCGGAUUGUCUGAGAAGGAGGAUGCCAAUGACAUACAGCAGUUUUAUGACCUGCUAACAGGGUCAAUGGAUGUAAUCAGGAAGUGGGCUGGAAGCAUCCCUGGAUUCAGUGCCUUCUGUAAGGAGGACCAAGAGCUUCUUCUUGAGUCAGCAUUUGUUGAGCUCUUCAUACUUCGGCUAGCAUACAGGUCAAACCCUGAGACAGACAAACUAAUUUUCUGCAAUGGUGUGGUUCUGCACCGGACACAGUGCGUACGAAGCUUUGGUGACUGGAUUGACUCCAUUAUGGAGUUUUCUCAGAGUUUACACCGCUUGAACUUGGAUGUAUCGUCUUUCUCUUGUCUUGCCACCCUGGUCAUAAUCACAGAUCGACAUGGCUUGAAAGAACCCAAACGGAUCGAAGACCUCCAAAACCGCCUGAUCACAUGUCUCAGAGAUCACGUCUCCACAAUUCCCCCCGAGGCCACCCGGCCCAACUACCUGUCCCGACUCCUGAGCAAACUUCCGGAGCUGAGGACACUGUGCACCCAGGGCCUCCAGCGAAUCUUCUAUCUUAAACUGGAAGACUUGGUCCCACCUCCACCCAUUGUGGAUAAAAUCUUCAUGGACACUUUGCCAUUCUGAAGAGGUUUUAUAAAUGGACAACUGGAGUGACUUAAACACAUGAAAGAGAUGGAUAUGAGAGGUUUGGGGAACUCUUGAGAGUUUGACUGGUCACAGGACUUUAUCGCUUAUACUGUCCUCUGCUUUCUUGGAAUGGAAUCACAGAACGAUUACAUUCUACUAAUGCCUACGUUUGGAGACCUUUAUCAAGUCUUCAACAAUGAACUCACUAAGAGACCCAUAACGACAAUUAUGCAAUUAUUAACAUUUCGGUAACUCUAAACAGAUAUGGAGUUUCACAUCUUAGAAUAUUUUAGCUGAACUGGUGGCUUCAUUCAGUAGCGUUUCAAGUCAAUGGUGCAAAACAAGAAGCUCAACUGCUAUACAUGUGACUUCUGGAUGAAAGAAGUCCUAUCAGUAUUACAGUUAUGCUCAAACGGCAUAUUCCACAUGGACAGAAUCCAGUAAAACAUCUUCCAACUUCAAGUUGGAAAGGCCAUGGACCAAAACAGAGAGUACAAACAGCAUUUAUUUUGACAUAUAAAAUAUCAUACAAAGCCUGAAAUACACUCAAGUGCCACAGAAUUGUCUCCCUUAAAAUGCUCAAAAACAUUUUUUCGAGAUUCACUGAUAAGUUUGAGUACAGGACUGAUGUGAGUGCAUUGGAGGACUGUGGUACACUUGUCUAAUGUUUCAGAUCCAGUGACAAUACAGUCUAGAACAGGGGUCUCCAAACUCACUCCUGGAGAGCUGUGUCCUAAAGAGUUUAGUCAGGCAUAACUUUCCUCAACACACCUGUAUGCCUAGUUGGACUGUGAUUAGCUGAUUCAUGUGUGUAUAAUUAAGGUUGGAGCUAAAUUCUGCAGGACACCGGCCCUCCGUGACCAAGUUUGGAGACCCCUGGUCUGGAAUCUUCUAGCAUAUAAGUGUAUUUUAAGAGUCAGUAGUUUAUAUAAAAGACUGAAAAGUCACAGGAGAUCCAGUGCAGCUACUGUACAUGUACCACGUAGAGGCUCUUACAUGCAAAUACUUUGAGUAUUAUUACAGACCUGACUUAUUUUAGGGAACCAGUCAAAGCUUAGAGUAAUUAUAUUUUUUAUGUAUGUAUUUUACAGAUGUAUAGUAUGACUAGAGCUUCUACAUACUGUAACGUUUCUCAUAAUGAAACAAUCAAGAUCGGGCAUUCUGAAUUUUGUUUUUUACAUAGGCCUACAGUGAGAGAUAUUGCUUAUCUUUCAUGAUUUUGCGCAGCUCUCUAUAUAAAAUAAAUUUUGAACAGGAAUCA